AUGGCGCCACCUGGCCAGUUGCUGGAGACGCUGGAGACAAGCAUGUUUCUGUCGUCGGUUCUCAACCCGGCGGGCAUAGAAAGCACCAGCGACCAAGACUUCUGGGAAGAAAUCCACACGACGCAUGGCGACGACAUGGCUUUGGCGAUGCGUGCUGAUGAAAGCGCAGCUACGGCCGUGUCGCUUUCUGAACCGCUAUCCCUCGAGACAGGUGGUGGCGAGAUGCGAGCAGAAUCCAACAGCUGCUCCUGUCUCCUGAGCUCCAUAUCGUUUCUCGGCAAGCUGCCCUCCAUGUUCACCUCGCCAGAGAACCGCAUAGAUCUCAAAUUGGCCGAAAUCCGCACGUCAAUGGACAAGCUAGCCAAUUUGACGACAUGCGACAAGUGCACACAGCACGCAGAGCUCACCAUGGUCUUGAUCAUGGCGGUACAGCAAAUCAGUGUCAACUGCUGGAAGCUUGCCAAAUGUUAUAAAUCAAUCCGUCUCCGUCCCCUCGGCGGUGUCGACGACAACAGCUCGCCCGGUCACGGGCAGCGGGAAGCCGAGCAUGAUGCCUCUUGCACUGCUUGUCCCGUCGGCAUCUCCGUGUCUACGUAUCGCGUCAACCGGCGCGAGGGCCAAAUCCUGCUCAAAAUCCUGGUGGAUUUGCAACUUGUGGAGUUUCAGCAACAUGUUCAUAAAAUAAAGUCACGAUGUCGCCACAAUCUGCAUCAGGGCGACGGAGAGGCCCUAGCUGACACUGAGAGAUACAUGAAGCGAGCACGGGAUAUUAUCAGCCGGUCUUCCUAA